AAAAAAGCAGCUGGGGAUGCCUCUGGGCAGAGAAUUCAGUAUUACAACGAGCAGAGUUCACUCCUAGCCACCUAGAAACACUGAGAAGUUUGGCCUGUUCCUUGUAAGUGGCUCUGGAGAGUUGGGUCUGAAAACACCCCUGAGGGAGCACUAAGUCACCCGCACAGCAGCUGCCUGCUUCACCCCUUCUGCCUGGAAGCAGAGGCCUUUGCCCCUAACUACCUGCCCAGUGCUAACAGUGUGAUUCCGUGGUUUUGUCUACUAUAGUUUUCUGGGGAAUUAUACAGGAGAAACCAAUGAGGUUUACUCUGGGGCAAUCAUGGAGGUUAGACUCAGAUGGCUGUAGUCAAGCUGAAUCUGUACCCAGGGCUUUGGGUACAGGUGCAGGUUACACGUGGUUGUGACAGACAAAAUCAACCCUGGAUUUGGAGACUGUGGUUGGACAUGAGGGUUUUAUUCUACAUAAACACCCCCAUGGUGCAAUGCAUAAGAAAGUCAAUUUUGAAACGUUAAGGACAGCUCUUAUCUCUGUAAAAUGAAUUUUUAGUUUCUCGGGACCUAUUCUUUGUUUAGUAAUGUGUAGUUGGGCUUUCAGUGUUUUGACCUUGGGUACGUUGGUAUUUCAGUCCUAAAGCAGUUGCAACCCUGCCCUAAAGGGGGAUUGAGGAGGCCAGGGGUGUGCCAUCACAGGGUACUUCCUUCAUCUGGUCGUGGCCUCAGUUUAGCUGUGGACCUGUACCAAGGCUUCCUCACCUGGGAGCUAUGUCUAUGCUGGCAGACCCUAGCGGCUCGUCUGACCCAUUUUGUGGAAGGCAGUCCAUCUUCACCCCGGCCGUUCUUUUCUAAGCACUGGGUUCCCGUGGCUGGUGGGAGGGUGGCUGGCCUGGGUUCAGUGCUGGACGGUAAUGUUCUCAAGCACCGCCAUCUCUCCUGUACCACAGCCCCAAUCCAGGGUUGGGCUCCCUUUCUUCCCACCUGCACACAGAGCUCUUUCCCCAACUCACCCAAGCCCUUCACAUGGCCUCUAGGGUCCCCUUGCUCGUCCAGUCUCUGCCCCACCACCGCAUCCACCCAGCACCUCGGACAGCACCAGGCGCGCAGACCCGGCCUUUAAGCUGCCGCGUUCAGGGCGCCUGGGACAGUAGCCUUGACCCAGCGGUCCCCAAGCCAGCACCCGAACUGCCCAGAGUGCCCGCAAGUGCCUGCGGCAUGGGGUGGGGCCUGCGGGCCGCGCUUCCGUCUCGGUCGUGCGCGAGGCGCGCGCCCCUGGAACCCAGGCCGGGAGGGGCGUGGCCCCAACCGCGGGCCUUCGGGGCCUGCGGAGCACCCCUCUUGCGCCCGAUCCGGCCCGCGCAUUCUCCAGGGCCUCUCCGGCCCCGGUCCGCCCCGUGCGCUGAGGCCGGCUGGAGCUGUGACCCCACGUGGGGAGCGUGUCCUUUGCACCCAGCCAGGGACCCGCACCGCAGGGGCGCCCUGAACGAGUGCUAAGGGAAAGGCUGCGCUGCGUGCUCCUCUCUGAGAAGCAGCAUUCUGGAAUGUUGGGACAGAGCUUUUUAAGUCUGGAUCGCCAAUCGUCUGACCCCGUCAGCUUCUCCUGCAUACCAGUCAGGAUGAAAAGGAUGCUCCUGCUGUUGAGGCCAGAAGUGACACACCCUCCUGGACUUUGCCUGGACACGGUCUGUUGGCCAGUCAGCUAGCCGCUGCCUGCCUCCUGCAGGCCGAUAGGAGCGCACCUGGGCUAGUGCUUUCUGUGAUCCUCAGGACCUGUCCCAGGACCAGGAAGUGUACAUCCCCUCCAGUGGCAGCUCUGGCACCUGCUCUGACCUUGCCUUCCGCCUCACCUGCCCAGGGAGACCGGCCAGACUCUCCUCCUCAAGCAGCCAGGACCCCAGAGCACGGUACUUCCCUCUCCAGCGCCGUCUUCGGCCUUCAGCUCAGCCCUGACUGCAGUCUCGCAUCUCUCAGCACGCAGCGUCCAUGGGCUCUGCCAGGACCCAGCCUUGCCUGCUGCCCACUGGGUGGAUGGGAGGUACCUGGUCAGCCUCAGACCUCGGGAAGGAAAGUUGAAGUCAGAUCCAAAACAAAGCAUGUUUUUAACAAAUUUCUUUUUCCCAAUAGUAUUUUGUUUGUGGUCUGGGGGUGUUUGCCCUAUUUUCAGUCAGUUCUUAGUUUUAAACCAAACUCAACGCUUAACUCGCCCCUAAAAUAGUCUCCUGACCUGAGGUCUCAGAUUUACCAGGAGUUGUCCUGGGAGCCCUGUCGCCUGCCUGGUAAGGGGCUCCAGUGGGGAUGGGGCCUCCCCGUGCGCCGCUCCUGCAGCGCCUGCGGGCUCAGGCGCACGUGCACGCGAGCGGCGAGUGCGGGCGGGCGGUCAGCCGGAGGUCGGACGCGGUGAAGCACCCGCGCUUCCACACGGCCGAGAAGCCCUCCGCGUGCCCCAAGUGCGCCCAGGCCUCAGCCAGCGCUCCGACCUCGCCCAGCACGCAGCGUCCACACCGGGGAGCGGUCCUACGCGUGCCAGGACUUCGGACGCGCCUUCAGCCGCAGCUCCGUCCUCAGCGAGCACCGCCGCAUCCGCACCGGUGAGAUGCGGGCGGUGUGGCCGCGCCUUCCGGGCGCUACCCGGCUUCUUCCGGCACCAGGGGGUGCACACGGGCGGGAGGGCCUUCCGUCUCUGCUCCCAACUCCUGCAGCACGGGCGGGUCCGCAGCGCAGAAUUGCGGACAGACGCGGGGGUGGCAGGGUCGGGCCCAGCGAGACUAAAGGACCCUGCGUGGACGCCAGACGCCUGCACCGAAAUUAGGCUCCGCGGCCCCCGCGCCGUGCCCUCCAGGUGGCCUUUGACAAUGCCGUAGACCAGGGCUAGAGAGGAUGGGACCUGACUUUGAACCGCCUCCUGUGAACCAUGCUUUGACAUCAGUUAAGUGUUAAAAGAAAAAGGAAUUAAUCUGCAAUUCUCUUUUCCUGAGCCUUUCACGGAGGUUUGCGUGCCCGAUGACCCCGGGACGUAGUGGGUACUUCGAUGCUCCAAGAGAGCCUUUACAAAACCACUGGACAAGACAGGUGUCAAGUUCGGGUCACUGCAGCGGCGGUGCUUGAAGGAAGCCCGGCUCCAGCUCUGCCUUUGUGCCACGCUCUACGUGGCAAGUCCCCGCCAGCCGGGAUCCUACCUCGCCGUCGCUCGCCGUCUCCUCGGUUCCCUGUGCGGAUCAGCUCCCCCGCCUUCCUCCGCUCCCGGAGAUGGUCUGUAGGCUGCAGCGCCCACUGACCGGUGGGGCCCAGGGCGCCCCCGCGCGAUGCCCCGACCGCGGGUUGAGGCAGCUAGUGGGGCAGAGGCGCGGCCCGCGUGCGAGCCAGAGCUGCUGAGGUCUUGAAGGCGGUGGGGGGGCUGGACAUAGAGCGACAGUCCUCCCGCGCCCUAGAGCGCCCCGGAAGUGCCCGCAGGGCGGGGCCUGGUGGCGGCACUUCCGGUGCGCCGGGUUGGGGCGGGGCAGCUGGCGCAGAGUGCAGAGGGCCGACGCCUCGGAGCGCAGGCUUGGGUGGACAGGUGGGCGCGGAGGCUGCGCGGAGGCCCGCCCGGGGUCGGCCGCAGUCCCCGCCUUGGGAGUUCCCUGCGGCCCGAUGGUGGUCCCCCUUCCGUUCUUGCACGUUCAGCGUCCUGACCUGUUAGAUCUGCUCGCCUUACCCCGAGUGUCAGGCUUGGAGAAGUCAUUCCUCAACCCGAACCUGCACCAUCCGUAGAACCUUUUCUGGUUUUAGGUUUUUAUGUUCAAGUUUUUAUGAUUACUAAGAAAAUGCUAGGACCCAUGGAGAUUUCUCUAGAUCCCCGGGGCUGACUGACGUUCUGGGUACAUCACUGCAGCAAGAAACCGCAGCAACCCAUCAGCCUUGCGUCUUGGGGCACGGCCAGGGAGCCCAGCGGCAGAACACCGACUGCAGUGACCGUUUGCCCUGGACCCGCUGGAGGGCCAGUGAUGAGAGCAAGAAUUGUUCCUUUUCCUGUUGUCCUGCAACGUGCUGCCAAGCCUGAUCUCCAAACGCCAAGGAGAGGGACACCCCGAUGGAGACCCCCACAGCUGUGAAAGGUACAUUUCCAGUGUGUGCUGUACUGGCUGCUGGGCAGGCAGUGCAGACCGUGGGGCUGACACCACAGCAGGAGACUUCAGGAGCAGGAGGAUGCCUUGAAGAGGCUGUGCCGGGGUUGCUGCAGGGGCUUCCCCGAGCACCAGGAUCUCGUGACCUUUGUGAACACGUGGAUGCUGCACAGAGGCCUGGGGAGAAAACUAGAGGGCAGAACAGUGGUGAGCAUGGUGCGUCCAGAUCAGACAUCACACGAAACUCAGGUCACGGAACAGAUCAGCAAGGCCGCUGCAGAGGGCGGCCUUAUCAGUGUGACACCUGUGACCGGAGCUUCAAGUGCCACUCAGAUGUGGUGAAGCAUCAAAGCAUCCACUCCGGGGGGAAGCCCUACGAGUGCAGCGACUGUGGGAAGGCCUUCAUCCACAGUUCACACGUGGUCAGACACCAGAGGACACACAACGGGGAGAAGCCCUACGUGUGCAUGGAGUGUGGCAAGGCCUUCAGCCAGAGCUUCAACCUCAUCAGACACCAGCGAAUCCACACGGGGGAGAAGCCAUACGAGUGUGCCGAGUGCGGCAAGUCCUUCAGCCAGAGGUCAGAUGCUGCCAAGCACCGGAGAAUCCACACUGGAGAGAGACUGUAUGAGUGCAGCGAAUGUGGCAAGACCUUCAUUCACAGUUCAAAUGUUGUCCGGCACCAGAGGAUUCACCACGGUGAGAACCCGUACGAGUGCAAGGAGUGUGGGAAGGCCUUCAGCCAGAGCUCCAACCUCAUCCAGCACCAGAGGGUCCACACCGGGGAGCGGCCCUACGCAUGCCAGGACUGCGGACGCGCCUUCAGCCGCAGCUCCUUCCUCAGUGAGCACCGCCGCAUCCACACCGGCGAGAAGCCCUAUGAGUGCGGCCAGUGUGGUCGCGCCUUCCGGGCGCUGUCCGGCUUCUUCCGGCACCAGAGGGUGCACACGGGCGAGAAGCCGUUCCGCUGCUCCGCCUGCGGCAAGGCCUUCCGCCUCAGCUUUCAUCUGAUCCAGCACCAGCGAGUGCAUGAUGCCGAGUGAGCCUGUGAUGGACACACCACCGUUAAGACGCCUCUGCACCUCGGGACACUCGUCACCAAGAGUGGGUACAUCAGCAUGGAGACACAGAGGGUGACUGAUGCCACAGACAGCUGGACACCAACAUCAGAUAGUGACAAACCUGCAGGAAGAUAGAAACCUCCAGAACCAUGAGUGUUUCUGACAGAGACCACAGCGUCCUGCCUGUGGUGCUGCGCACUGCCUUGGCACAGUGGCCUCCCUGUGGGGACUGCGCCUGUGGGCGUGGAGCAGUGUGCAGCCUUGCGCGACAGCCUGACUCCCUCCCUGGGAAGGCAGCGUGGCUGCCAGACACCACUGCCCAAGCCGGCGGGGGGCCUGGGGCAGUCGCACGGGCCUGCAGAGCUCUGGAGGAUUCAGGACCUCACCUGCCCCCUCCCACCGGGGCCAACUUCCUGAUUCCAGUCUUCAGCGAGGAUGCUUUGUCCCUCUUGUAUCCAGCAGUUCAGAAGAAGGGCCUGGGGGAGAAAGGGGGCCAGCAGGGAAGCACAAAGUCAUGCUUCUGAAUGUGGACACUGAUUUCAUAACAAGGGAGGAGAAGAGCCACACAAUGUGGCAGGGCAGCGACAGCCUCUGGAGUCACGUGCCACACCCACUAGGCUCCCGGAGGCUCUGCAGCUGUACCUGCUGCCUCUGGACCCCACUCAGCACCUUCUCCUUCCUGGCUUUUGCUCUGUGUCCUCUGAAUAAUAAGCCUCAGCCAUGAAUACACCAUACAGUGAACCCUGUGACCCUGGUGAACCAUGGAGCCUGGGGUGGUCUCAGGGACCUCAACCCAACUAGCAAUGAAUGAUCCAAAAAGGAAAUGAAAAAGAGAAUUCCAUUUACAACUGCAUGAAAAAAUAAAAUACUUCUGAAAAAAAUUAACCUUAAAAUGGGGCAAAACUUUUUCUUGAGAAACUGUAAAACUUUGCUAGAGGAAAUUAAAGAAGUCUUAGGUACGAAGACCUCGUACACAGCUGCACCACUGCAGGACGGCCUCACUCCUCCAGAUGCCCUGCAGACUCAACCCAUCCCUCCUGCAGAAACCGACAAGGAGAUCCUAAGUUCAUGUGGAAUUUCAAAGGACCCCAAAGAGCCAAAGCAAUCUUUGAAGAGAAAAAGAGGACUUCCUGACCUCCAAACUUAGGGUAAUCAGAACUGCGGAGAGUGGUGACGGAGGAUGGGACAGCAGUGACUGAGAUUGGGGGUCUCUGAUGACCUCAUGGCUGGCAUGCCUGGUGCCUGGGAAUGUUUCUGUGCAGGGGCACAGGAUGCUUAGCUGCUGUAGCAACGCCCUGCAGGAGGAGGCUAUCAGCUCAGACCUUGAUCUCAGGCACAUAUCUCAGAAGGAGCUCUUAUGCUAGACAACCACAAUGUUUCAGCAGCUCUGGUUCCUGACUGCUUUACAGUAACUUUUUAAAAAAUAUUUUUUGUUGUAGAUGGAUAUGAUACCUUUAUUUUAUUUUAUUUUAUUUCUAUGUGGUGCUGAGGAUCGAAUCCAGUGCCUCACACAUGCUAAGCAAGUGCU